GUAACUGAACUGAGCAUCCUAACAACCUUUUACCCCGUAAGAGUGUUACAAGAAUGACUGACAAGACUGGCAAUAGACCCACAAAACCUGCAUUAGUGAUAUUUGACAAAGAUGGUACUUUGAUAUGUGUACAUGCUAUGAUGGGUCCAUUAACGAGACAUCUGGCACAAAGCAUGGAGGCUGAAACCAAGCUACAAUUCAGAGACAGGCUCUACAAAUUUCUUGGGUAUGACGAAAAAACUAGAAGAAUGACGAAAGGAAUCAUGACAGAAGUAAACGAUGAUCUAAUAAAAAAGGAACUGUGUUCAUUUCUGGUAAGAGAAGGAGUGGAAAAAGCCGAGGAUGUGAUGGAGAAAUGUUGGUUUGGAGAAGACAUUUUAGCAACAACUGGGGUGAACCCCAUUGGAGAUGUGAAGAAACUUAUGAACACCCUAAAAAAGAAUGGAAUUAAAAUUGCCAUAUGCACUGGGGAUGGACGCGAGUCAACUGAAAGAGUAGUAAAGAUAUUAGAAUUAGGUCAGCUGGUUGACACGAUGGUGUGCGGCACUGAUGAAGAUUCCAUAUCUAAGCCAAGCCCCCAUAACGCAUUGAUGAUCUGCGAGCGAUUAGGCAUCCAUCCUUCAGAUACAAUGAUUGUUGGCGAUACCCUCGGUGAUAGUAGGAUGGGUAGGUCUGCUGGAUUAGGAUGGAUAGUUGGUGUACCAACCGGCACCUACAGCGAAGAUGAACUGAAAGCAGAUGCUGAUUACAUUGUAAAGGAUGUACAUGGCAUUCUAAGUAUUAUGCAACUCUGA